AUGAGCGUAAGAACAUACAAUCCUUCAGUACUGAUUGGUAAUUGGAAUGAAGAUAUAUGCUUGGAGGAGGUAAGGCCGCUUUGAAGAUUUUGUUGAGAAGAAAGUUUAUUAGGUGAGAUUAAUGUGCGAUAAAAUGGUUUUUCUGUUGUUUUUCUUUAUUCCUUUUUAGGACAAACUCAAAGAUUUUCUUGACAAAAAAGAAAGAGGAGAGCUACUGAUUCAAAAAGCCAGCAACCUGUUACAAAGUAUAUUGAAAAAGGUCGGAGUUUGUCACAAUGCAGACACAAGCUACAAGUUUAAGUUCGCUGUUGCUAUUUUAUAUAUAUACCGUAGCUAUAGUUUAUAUUUAGCUAAAACUCAGGCUUACAAUGAGUAAUCAGGCCAAAGCAUGUUAUUCAAAGAUUCCUUUUGUCUUUUUUAACACCCUGGAGAGGAAAAUAAGAUAAACAGAUAAACAGAGAUCACAGUCUGACAGAUGUUGCAAGCAGUUCAAUACAUUCAUGUCUUCCAUUCCAACUCUCGAUUCAAUACUAAUUAUAUAUUUAAAACUACUCAAAGACCAUAAUUUGAUUUCUUAUUUUUCCAAUUUUCCUAGAUCUGUCUUGGUUUACUAGUAUGCUUAAGCUUACUGUGGUUCCAUCAAGGCCCAGGGCGGGAAUUUUUUCAGCCAGUUUUGUUUGCAAAGGCAUGAGUACAUUGUGUUUCCAGAGAUUAGAUCCUUGUAAAUAGUAAGGGGGGCAAUGGAGGUUGCACGGAUGUGCUGGACCUAGAAUCUUCUUAAGGUGAUUCGCUGGUUCUGCACUUUGCAUCUCUUACUGCGCAUAACAAGGUGGCUGCCAUGAAAAAGAGCAUCUGAAAUAACAUUAUUCAAAUGAAGUUGACUGAACAGAAAAUGUUGUCAUGACUAUCUGUGUUUAAUGUCUGUGCUUUUAGUUUCAAAUUAUAUUCACCAGUUACGGAAAUCACAUGUUGUGAAUAUAGUAAAUCACAUACCACCCUGUUUAUGCGUAAUCAUGCCUCAUGCAGCUAAUUUGGGCCUAUCAUGCAUCAGGUAAAAAAUUCAGUACCCAUCACAUAUCAUGGAAAACCCAGCUUUGUAACAUGAAUAUACAGAGAUAAAACAGUAUUAUUUAGCAGGUUACUCAGGGGAUGUGUGACAUUUCUGAUAGCCCAGGGAUGGCCCUGGAAAUGCCCACCCCUGGGGAUACUUCCAUAUACAGUGUGUAUGGGCUAGAUAGGUAUAUUCCUUAGAGUAUUAGGAAAGUGAUUUAAUGAAGGUUUGUGUGUUGUUUUGUUUUGUUUUUUCUUGAAUAGGGUGUCAGUUUUUGGGUUUGAUCCUUAGAAUUAAUUAAGGUGUCAAUUUUUGUUUGUUUUAUCCUUAAAUAGGAUCAGGGUUUAAGACCCUGGGUGGCACACACCUAUCCCCCCCUCACUGGGUGCCGACCAUCCCUCCCUGGUGCAAAAGACAUUGACAGGGGCAUUAGGAAUAAUUGCUUUUGGGUUAAAUUGGUGUUUAAAAAAGAAAAUUAAGUAUUGUGGCAUUAACAAAAUCAAAUAAAGGCAGGGCCUGGGUGGACUCACUUAAAUUUCCAUGGGAGCAAUUGCCACCAGUUCGAACCAGUUCACUGAGACUGGAUCAACCUGUUCCAUUGGACAUUCAGAUUGAGAAUUAACUCAGGGCUUUGUGGGAAGCAAAAUUUUUACUCAAUAUGAGGAUUUGUCAUGUUUCCACAGGUCAGUCUAUCAGUGUCUCAUGAUGGCUACCUCCAUUUUGGAGACAUAGUUUGCUUAUACAAUCCAUCAACAGAAUCCACCCUGUCUGCAAAUAUGGCAGAGAGCAAAAUGCAUGAUGAGAAGAAAUUGGUUGGACCCUGUGAUGUCUCUGCAUCCAAAUCAACUGAUUCUUGCAUUCGAAAUACAUUUGUGAUACUUGGAUGUAUGUAAGUAACCAGUCAGUAUACCGUUAUCAUGGGUACUAGUCAGGGCUUGGUGGCGGAAAAUAAGUCAAAUUUCACGGGAUUUUCAGAGACAGAUUCACAGAAAAAUCGGCCGAUUUCGCGGAAAUUUCGUGGAAAUUUUCAGGGCUAACUUCGCCGAAAAACAAUCAGUCAAAAAACGGCUGAUUUUGUGGGAAUUUUCUGGGCAAAUCUCUCUAGAUAUCGAUCAAUUUUGCACUGAUUUGAUGAGCAUGUUCAAUGUUUUUAAACAGAGACAAUCAUUUGCUAUUUUAACAACAAAGCACUCAAGAACUGAGCCAAUGGCAAAGCUUUUAACAUCAUGACUAGUGAACAGUUUUUCGCAUCAUAUUUACACCCUGUAGUUUUGGGACGUUGUUUGCUUGUGGUGGUGAUGAUGAGCCAAAAUGUAUGGAAGAACUCAGGUUUUCUAAAAAGCAACAAAGGACUGCUAUGCACUUCAGAUUUAGUGUGUACUUUCUUCAAGCUCAUUAGUUACCUUUUUCAUUUUUUACAUUUACUCUUUUUCUACUCUUGUACAUGUGAAUCUCGGGCAUUUCUCCCACUUGGCUAGGAAUAGAAAAUGGAGAUGACUGUUAUGCAGGCUAAUGUAUCAUUACUUCUGUAUCUUUACACUAAGUCAAAUUUGUAAGCAAGCUGUUUGUAAGAGAUCUUUCAAGUGNAAAAUGUAUGGAAGAACUCAGGUUUUCUAAAAAGCAACAAAGGACUGCUAUGCACUUCAGAUUUAGUGUGUACUUUCUUCAAGCUCAUUAGUUACCUUUUUCAUUUUUUACAUUUACUCUUUUUCUACUCUUGUACAUGUGAAUCUCGGGCAUUUCUCCCACUUGGCUAGGAAUAGAAAAUGGAGAUGACUGUUAUGCAGGCUAAUGUAUCAUUACUUCUGUAUCUUUACACUAAGUCAAAUUUGUAAGCAAGCUGUUUGUAAGAGAUCUUUCAAGUGUAAGUAGCAAGGAGACUACUAUACCCAAGCUACAAGUAAUAAAGCCAGCUGUGAGGAAUUUUCUCUCAUCAGUCUUGUGACUCACUUUGCUUAAUCUCAAAUGGAGCCUCUUGCGCUUGACAGGGGCACCCAAUGACUAUUUCCUGUAAAAUAUCUGUUCAGAGAAGCAAAUAUUGUCUGGAAUUUUCUAUUACUUGAGGACGGCUAAAAAUUUCCAGGUGACUGUUCCAUUCAUGUACAAUAUUCGAGGCUAAUUAUCUAAUAAAUUCCCUACGAUUUUCUGAAUUUUAAAUUUUCAAAUUUCACUGCCCAGGUUAGGCUUAUUUUUGGUACAAAAUGGAAACCUAAAUUUUCGGAUAAUUCAAAGAUGUGAUGGAGAGAGGAAUUUUAGGGAAAAUGAUACUGAAGCCCUUGUAAUUUUGAAAAGACUUGCUAGCCUCAAGUUCCCCUAGGAUGACUGAACAGGUACAAAUUUAAUAGCGCCACUUAGAAUGCAUUCUAUAGAUCUAUAUUAUUCUGGGUAGCCUAAAAAGUGUUUUCUAUGUAUUAAGGAGGAAACCGUCGUUGGGUACCCCUGACUAAAGCUUUUAGAGAACUUACAGGUUCUCACCGGAUAACAAUAGCUAACAAUGAACAUAAUUAGUCUGCACUGAUGGUAUCAUCUUUUUGUUUUAAUUUAUUUUGUUUCGUUUUGUUUUUGUUUGUUCCUUUUUUUGACCAGGCCUAGGGAUAAAGGCAAGGUGUUAAGAUAUAAUGAACCAUUCAUCCUGAGCACGCUGCCUGCAGUUGGAGGAGAUGUAAGAAUUUCUUAGUUUUAACGCACUCUAAUAACACCUAUUUAAAACCGUUGGACCAAUUUCAAUGGUUUCUCUUUUUUUUUCUCUCACUUCAACAUGGCACUACCCUAUAUCCUUCAGUGCCGGAUCCAGACUUUGAGAUAAGGGGGGCCCGGUCAUCCAUACCCUUAGAUAAGAGGGGGGGGUCUCCAAAAAAAUGUUUUCGGCCCUUUGGGCCUUAGUUUGGUCUAAAAAUAAGGGGGGAGCGGGCACCUCCCCUGGAUCUGCCACUGUCCUUAUCGCAUUCUUUUCACUUUGCAGCUCAAGUUAAAGACUGACAGAACAUCUUUUAACGAAUGUGCAAAGAAGUCAAGACAGCAAUUAGUGACUCUUGUUGAUAAUGCGACUUUCAUGUGUCAUUGGUGAGAACACUUGGGAGUGGUCUCUUUUUAAUAUAGUUUUCCCAGAUAUAGUUUAAGAAAGGGCGAAAAUUGUUCGCAGCGCAGCGCAUCUUCUCGCGAUGAUUUUGCACGCGCAUGCGUUAUUUGCUCACUUUACUCAAUUAGAGACCUUUCAAAGUCAAGGGCAACCAAAGACUGUUUUCUGUAAAAUAUCUGUUUGGAGAGGCAAAUAUUGCCUAGAAUUUUCUGUUACUUGAGGACAGCUAAAAGUUUCUAGAUGACCGCUCCAUUCAUGUACAAUUUUCCUGAGAUUUUCAAUUUUUUCAAAAAAAAAAACGUUUUGAAAGCCAAUUUUUUUCAAAUUUCACUCCCCAGAUAAGGCUAUUUUUCGUAGAAAAAAGGAAACCUAGCCUAAAAUUUUCGGAUUCAGAAAUGUGAUGGAGAGAGGAAUCAGAAAAAUUCUCACUUUCGUACUAUGUUCAAAUGCAUCUAAAAUUUCGGGAGAAUAAUACUCAACCCAUUAAUUUCAAAAAGACUGAAGUUCCCCAAGGAUGACCGAACAGAUAUAAAUUCUAUAGCGCCGCUUAAAAUGCAUCUCUAGAGAUCUAAAGAGCCUAAAAAGAGUUCAGUUUCAAUGUAUUUAGGAUGCGUUGUUGGGUGCCCCUGCAUAGUUAGCCACUAAACAGACGUUGUAUUCUUUUUUUGUCUUUUGAAGUCAAUAAAUCCCCCGCAGUUUUUAUUUUCACACGCGCGCUCAACGAUCCCUAGCCUGCAUGACAGGCGCUAUUUUUUCGCGUUUUUCAGGAGAGCGAAGGCAAACGCGAAGCACGCGAGGAGCGCCAGGCACGCGCCGCUUACCUUCGUUCUCCUAAAAUACGAGAAAAAAUAACGCCUAUUUUGCAGGCUAGACGAUCUCUAAAUAGAAAAUAGAGGGUCUGUGAACAGGCUAUCUCAUAGUCUCCCCCAUCCUUGAAAGGCGCCUGUGCUCUCGCCAGAGUGUAUUUAACGGCCUUUUUUCAUAAAGUCGCAGGCAGAUGAACAAAACAAAAAUUAUAGGAAUUGGAGCAAAUGAAUGAAGACGGUAUACUACUGAGGAGAAAUAAAAAAGCCAAAGAAAUAAUAAAAAUGUAUGUAGCCGAUGUCAAGCUUGGAAAACACAUGCGAACUACUGAAAGAGUUUUAGUGUCAGCUCUAAUACGUGUCCAGUUGGCUGAAUUAAUAGCGGCGAGAGAUUUUUUCAGCCAAUCGCAGCAGUCAGCAUGUAGCAAUGAGAACCCAAAACAAUUUAAUACGAAAUUAUAUUCUACUGUAAUUCAAAAGCUGCUAAAAUUAUCAGUUUUCUCGAGAUCAAUAAUCAAGCAUGCAAAAUUUCACCCUGAUGCAGGACAACGAUCUUCGAAAUGACUUUAAACUGGUAACUGCAGAAAUAAGAGAAAAAGAGAAAAAAUAAAUACCACUCACUAUGCAUUGUCUUUUCAGGAAAAUUUUUUGUUUUAAUCCACAAGAUCGCCUAGAGACAGAAGGAAUGCCAGUCCCGGUAAGAUUUCGAUUUACUGUCGUUUCACCAAUGAGUCGUCUCGCUAACGUCCUGGGCCCGGUUACUCGAAGCAUGGUUAGCGUUAACCAGCGUUUAAUACCUUGACAACGUAUUGGUUUUGAUACUGCUUAACCAAUGGUUAAAGCUAACCAUGCUUUGAGCAACUCAGCCCAGUUCGCCAGACGUCAACGUGCUAGGUCAGUUCGUCAACUUCUUUAACCAGAUCAAUGAUUUAACGAACGAGGUAUACAUAUUUUUAUCGGACUUUUACGUAUUAUAGCUGAAAGAACAAGGUAAAUACAUCUGUAGAGCUUUUUUCGUUCUUAAGCUAAACCACUUAAACCUUGGCGAACAACCUUGGUGAACGGGACGGUAAAGAAACUAAGCAAAGGCGAAACGACAAGUCGCCAAGGUUCGGAUCUCAGGUAAGAGUCCCAAGUAGAAAGGAAUCUCGCCAAAUUUAACCAACUGUUAAGUUCAACUCGUAACACGAUCACAUUUCUUCGGUUGAAGACGCAAAAUACACUCAUUCACUUUACUAUCUGAAAACCUGGACAGUGAAGCCCACUACCUAUGGCCAUAGUGGUCAUUGUAAAUUAAGUGUAUAACAAGAAAACGAUUCACUUUAUUCGUUUCUAAGGGUUGCGGAAAUGUAGAUGACUGAGUAGCAUGCCUAUAUUAAGUUAUAGAACACCAAACUAUGUGAUGUUCGGCUAUCCAUGGGUUGGUUACUACGAGGGCGAGUGACGAGUGAAGCGAACCGCGCGAGGACGAAGCGCGAGGGGCGAAGUUCGCGCGUGAAGUCUCACGAUAUCCCCUUGCUCGCAAGCUAUGGGGCCGUACACAAGGAUGUACAUUAGGGCCGUUUAUACCAGAGAAUAACAGGUUAUUAUAGUCACUAGACCAUGACCCCUGCUGAUGGCUGGAAUUUAUUUUUCUUCUGUUUUUUUUUUUCCCGGUAGGCAAACACGAAAAUCAUACUGAACCACGUCAAAACCAAUCAGAAUCUUGCAGCCUUGCCGGAGUAUUCAUUUAGGUAUGUAACAGCACAGGCAGCCCAAGUUCAGCAUGAGAGUUUUUAAAUCAUUGAUACGGCCAUUUGAGGAAUACGCAGCGCAAUAUGGUACCACACGUAUUACCGUCGGUUACAUCUAAGCGUGUACACAUGAGGAAAAAACAUGUUCUAAUUGGGUGCAAACAUGACAUGUUUUNGUUAUUAUAGUCACGAGCCCAUGACCCCUGCUGAUGGCUGGAAUUUAUUUUUCUUCUGUUUUUUUUUUUCUCCCGGUAGGCAAACACGAAAAUCAUACUGAACCACGUCAAAACCAAUCAGAAUCUUGCAGCCUUGCCGGAGUAUUCAUUUAGGUAUGUAACAGCACAGGCAGCCCAAGUUCAGCAUGAGAGUUUUUAAAUCAUUGAUACGGCCAUUUGAGGAAUACGCAGCGCAAUAUGGUACCACACGUAUUACCGUCGGUUACAUCUAAGCGUGUACACAUGAGGAAAAAACAUGUUCUAAUUGGGUGCAAACAUGACAUGUUUUUCGCUAAACAUUCGAAGUUUGGAGUAGGUGGCUGUUGUCGACUUAAUUUGUUUCCGCUCAACAAAAUAUUCUUUGCAAGAAUUUUUAGACGUUAAGAAACAUUUCUGGAGUCAAGUGUGCUGUUUCUGAGCGAAAAAUACACCUGAAAGUUGAGAAAAAUGAAAUAUGACCGAAACGCGCUGAUCAAAAACAUAUAAACAACUUACCUUUGGCACGAUGGUUUGCUUUAACAGCUGUCAAACUUCAAAUGUUUGGCGGUUAAACACGUCAUGUGUGGCACCCUAUUACGGAACAUGUUUUUUUUGGUCUCGUGUCCACGCUUAGAUGCAACCGACGGUAAUGUUUAAACUCUCAUACUGAGCUUGGGUAGCCUGUGGUAAGAGAACUUUGGCAUUGCAGAUCGAUCACUUCUUUGUAACAGAAAAAAGGACAUACUGAAAAAAAAAUAACUGAUUGCUAAGUCGCAAGUUCUUUCCAGCAAGCUUUAAAAUGUUUUGUGCAAAUUAACACUUAUUGUUACACAUCUUCAUUUUUUUUUAGUUUUGUUUCCCUUAGUUUUUUUCUUUCCAGGUUUCAGUGGCUCAUGCUGAUACCUGCUUUUCCUGCAUAGUCAAGAACCAGACAAAAACAUUUUUCAGAAAACACUGAGCUACCCCAGCUGAAUUGUCUAUGAAUUGGCCAUGUUUGUAGGGAAUUGUGUCAAGUUCACAUACUGAAAGAAAAAUUAAACUUCUUACUUUCACCUUCUCUACCAAACCGUCAAUUUAAUCACGCCUUUCAGUUUCCAGAUAAUGGUUAAGAGAUGUCCAAAAUUGUCUCUGUUUCGUUAUUUGUGCCAGCCUGGCCUCUACGCGUUUUCGGCUCAGUCAAACGUGGACUCUACCGUGAGCCGUUACCGAAAAGCCGCCGGAACGUUCCCUUUCUCAGUUGCGCCCGUGUACGACGGGGCAAGAGAGAACGCCUUGGGACCAGGCUGGUUUUUGUGCCUGUUCUUGGGGUUGCUUAGGCCCCACAAGCUCUGACCUGACCUUGAUUUAUGUUAGAACGCCGUUUGGACGAGAGUGUGAGGUAGUAGCCAAAACAGAAGUGGACUCGCAUAAAGCAGAGACGCCAAGCAAUCAUUGGGUUUUUGUGACACGAGAGGUCAAAGACGCGGCCAGAGAGCACGAGCUGGAGCGGGAACAGGAAUUCAAGGAUCUACUAACAAGGCAACAAGCCGCUGAAGCUGAAGGAGCCCCUCCUAAAGAGGAGAUACCCGGUAGAUCUGAAGAGACUCAGCCCGGGGGGAGCGGACAGCCUGCUCAAUAG